GUUGCAAAUAAUGAUAAUUGCAAAUUGCUGUACGGUAUGAAGGUAUGAUGUCGGUAUACCCUAUUUUAUAAUAUUCAAUACUAAAUACGUUAAUUACGUUUAUAAUACUUAAUACACGUUACAAUUACACAUAUUUUCAGUGAUCUGACUGUUUUAGUUUUGAUAUUAUAGUCGAUAAAGAAUAGAAGAAAUUAUGCUAUUUCUAUAAUUAGUGAUAAUUACUAUUUCAUGUUACGGUUGUGUCUUGUGUGUGAUUCUACGAGGUUUAACAAUACAAAGUUUAUAAAAAAACUACCUUUUCAACCAAACUAAAUACGGAAAAGUUUAUACGGACAUUUGUAUUUAUGAGGACGUUCCAUUUUCCAGCCAUGUCCAUAUCACUGUGGUCAAUAUUGAAUAGAUUCAACAGCGAUAAAGCUGCAACAUACAGCCGCCUUUCUACCGGCACUGGACACUUUCGUAUCACUGUUUGGGAUCCUGCAUUGAUUGUCGCUCAAAUAGUAUCUGUCCAAUGUCUUUACUACUUCACCAUGUGUGUUUGGAUCACUAUUAUCAGCUAUAUAGUUGGCACUUCAAGAUCGUUGGACAUCAUAUUUGAAUUCAAAGAGUUGAACAAAGUGAACAGUGAAAAGUUUGUUAUCGCCGUGUUUGCUUUGAAUGCACUUAGUGGGGCUACAUUYAUUUGGCGCAUUGUUGAACGAUAUCGAUUGUGUUUAGAUUUUUCUUGUACCAUACACACCUUACACUUGGCAGCUUGUGUGUGGUAUAACAGAUCAUUGCCUACUCCAUUUUGGUGGUUAUUAAAUGCUUCAUGUGCAGCAAUUACAUGUAUAUGCGCUGAAUUUUUGUGUAUGCGGACAGAGUUAAACUCUAUACCUGUAAAUAGUGGACAAACGCCAAAAGUUGAUUUGUAAAUGUACACAGUUUAAAUAUUGAUUUUUAUAUUAAAACUAAGUAUUAAUUUUUAAAGUAAUAACAUGUUAUUUGUUGUAAAGUCAGCCAUAAUUUGUUUUAUUUUUAAUCAUAUAAUAUAUAUUAACAGAAAAUAUAAAAUUAUAUAACAUUUAUAAA